GUCGUCGUCAAGUGUAUAAAAACGUUCUCGAGUGUAGAUACGGGUGAUCGAAGAGUCGGACGUAUGUUCGGUUCGACCACUCGUCGCAUUCAUCCCCCGUUCAUCCCUCGAACCGAGUAUCAUUAUCGACAAUUCAUAUUCCGUCUUUUGUUAUGUGACAUCCCUGGUCUCGCGCGUAAACCUAAAAAAAAAAAAAUGAUAAGACCUUUCUUGGAACGGUUUUUUAAAGUAAGAACCAAGCAAGAUGCCAUACAACUUAGGCGAAGGCUUUCGAUAUUUUAUGCUGUCGUUGGAUGGCAUUGUUUCGGCCUCGCUUUCUACGUGAUCAUGAAAAGGGAGAUGCCAGAAGACGCCCACGAACGAAGGAUGGCUAUUGGGCUCUUGAGUCCUAUACCUCAUACCACUAUGCACGUGUAUCAGAUAUCGGGCCUGACGCUUACCAAUGAUUUCGAUAUCGCGUACAAGGCCAAGCUUGAGCAGAUAGAGAGAGAAACCAAGGAGGGUGAAAGUCCAAAGACGGACGAGAAUUAGACCUCUCUCUCUCUCUCAGGGAAGAGAUCUCCGUAAGGCAAUAGCGCCAACGUUGGACCCGCCAGAUUCCGGAUUCAAUUCCUUCAGUCUCUGUUCCAUCUCGCAUAGCAACGCCGAUCUGUAGGAGACAGAUAUGCAAAAAUAUAAAGUGUUAUGUUUGUUACA